GCGUUUUGGCUCGUACUUAUUGUCAAAAAAAUAUUUAAACAUUAAAAUUUUCAUGUAAUCACGUCUCAAAAUAAAUAUGAUAUGGCUAUAUUUUAUCCCCGUAUUCUCACGGGAACGGGAACUACGUGGAUGAAACCGCGGUACGUCGUUUAGUUUAUUCAUAACCUGCUUAAUGUAUGUAUGUUUUUCAGAUUGGACAGCUACCUUCAACGUUCUUGUGAGUUCUAUGAGGUGUAAUGAUAUUGUGGAGGCGGUGGAUGCGUUUAAGAAGUUGCUCGGAAAGAAGACUUUCUACGAUGCCGUCAUUGUCAUCAAAAAGUGCACCGGGAAACAACAACUCAAAUAUGCAAUUGAAGCUCUUUUGGAGGAGACUGCUAGAGUCAAUCUGAAGGUGGUUGUGGAAACUCUGUACCAGUUGACCGGAAAGUCUAACUUGGAACAUGUACAGAGCGAACUGAAGAGACUAUUCCAUAUUGACAACAUAGUGAAAGUGAUGGCACAGACGAACAAGGUGACAAAGAGACGAGACCCCCUCCUGGUGUUCACUAACCUUCUGGACUUCACGCAGAGCAGCACCCUCAGUGACUGCAGCGCCGUCGUCACCGGCCUCACCUUCCGACAGAUGACCGCUCUAGAAGUGAUGGAUGAGAUACAGAAGCAGUCGGGAUGUACCGACAUCCUGGAGUUCUUCCGGAACAUGAUCACCUACACCAGAACCAAGUCGUUGCGGUCUGCCUGGAAUGCCAUGGUGACUGUGACGAAGAAAAAUGAUAUCUUCGUCUUGAUCGAGACCAUGAAAAGGUACACGUCAAUGGACGUGAUGUAUUUCUUCCAACUGCUGCAGCGUAUCACCAACACGACCACUAUUCGACUGGCUACACUCAAGAUGGGGGAAUUGCUUAAAACUGUUGGUUUCUUUGAAUGGAUUGACGUUAUUUAUCGGAUCGUACGCACUGAUAUGGCGAAAUUCCUGGAAGCGUAUACAAGCUUGAGUCCCCACUAUUUAAUCGAAGACGCCAUAGUUAUAAAUCAGCAAUACACUAAAGUUAAAGAGCCUAUACAUGCAAUCACUGUUUUGAAGCAGAGGACAAAAACACAAGAUAUCAUAAAAGCCAUUGAACACGUGAAACAAACAAACCCAAAAGGACCUCCAGCAUCGAAGCCAAAGCCAACCAAAAAUCAAAACUACCCUCCAAGUUAUGUCCAAAAAGAUCCAAGUAACGACGUAAACCCGAGUCAAAACCCACCAUCUAAAAAUGCUAAACCUAGAAAUUAUCCAUCCAAAAAGGUUGAAAAACAACUUCCAAAUCAAACUCAACCAGCUUCAACUAAGAUAAUUAAUACAGACAAAGGAAAUUCAAAAAAAGUAAACCCUAUAAAGUCAAGUCCUGCUAAAAAGGAUCAACCCAUUAAACCAGCUCCCACCAAAAAUGUUCAUUCUCUAAAACCACCGCAUACUAAAAAGGUACCCACUACUGACCUUUCUCAAAACGAACCAAGUAAGGAAAGUAUAUCAAAUGAAAAUUCUGUGGAUAUUAUUUCAAAUGAUGAGGUACCGUCGAAAAACGAAGCUACUAAUAAUAACACCCCGAGCAAUAAUAAAAACACGUCUGAUCCAUCGGACGAGGAUGAAAACAAUAUGAAAAAUGAGGACUAUGACAAAAACCCUAAAAUUAAUGAAGAGUAUAUAAAUAAUAAGCCAGAUAAUGAUAAAAAUACAUCUGAAUCACAGAAAUCGAAUGCUAAUAAAACUCCUAAGCCAACAGAAUCAAAAGAAGAAGAAUUGGAUAAGAAAACAGCUGAAAAUGAACCAACUGCCAACAAGCCAUCAUCUGAAAAUAACAAUAAAGACAACAACGAUGUUGAACCAGUUGACAGCAAAGAGGUUAUAGAGAAUUUGGUUGAAGAUAAGACACCGGUCGCAACCGGAAAACAACAAGAUUCAAAGGAAACAACUGAUAAUAACCAAGAGGAACCAAAGCUGCAAAUUGAAGACAAACAGAAGGAUGCAACCAAACCAGAUGGCGGUAAACUAGUUAAUGAAAAAAAUUUACCAAAAAGUAAACCAACAACCGCAAAUAAAGCUGUCGAUGAUAAGUCAUCAGAUGUUGAUCCAACUAAAGGCAAAGAAGCAAGUCAUAUGGAAAAGGAUAUAACAAAACCAGUUGUCAAUAAGCCAAAAGAUGCAAAUUCACCAAUUAGAGACAAAACCAAUAAAGAUACAAAGAUACCAGCUGUAGAUAAACCAAAAGAUGCAAUUAUACCAACUGGAGAUAAAACCAAGGAUACAAAAGAACCAGCUGAAGGUAAACCCGCGGAUGCAAAUAAACCUACUGGAAACAACCAAAAGAAUAUUAAAAAACCUGUCGAAGACAAACAUAAAGAUACAAAGACACCAGCUGUAGAUAAACCAAAAGAUGCAAUUAUAUCAACUGGAGGCAAAACCAAGGAUACAAAAGAACCAGCUACAGGUAAACCAGUGGAUGCAAAUAAACCGACUGGAAACAACCAAAAGAAUAUUAAAAAACCUGUCGAAGACAAACAUAAAGACGCAAAGAUACCAGCUGUAGAUAAACCAAAUAAUGCAAUUGUACCAACUGGAGAUAAAACCAAGGAUGCAAAAGAACCAGUCAAAGGUAAACCGGUGGAUACCAAUAAACCAACUGGAGACAAAACCAAGGAUACAAAAGAACCAGCUACAGGUAAACCGGUGGAUGCAAAUAAACCAACUGGAGACAACCAAAAGGAUAUUAAAAAACCUGUCCUAGACAAACAUAAAGAUGCAAAGACACCAACUGGAGACAAAACCAAGGAUACAAAAGAAGCAGCCAAAGGUAAACCGGCAGAUGCAAAUAAACCAACUGGAGACAACCAAAAGGAUAUUAAAAAACCUGUCGAAGACAAACAUAAAGAUACAAAAACACCAACUGGAGACAAAACCAAGGAUACAAAAGAACCAGUUAAUGGUAAACCGGCGGAUGCAAAUAAACCAACUGGAGACAACCAAAAGGAUAUUAAAAAACCUGUCGAAGACAAACAUAAAAAUACAAAAACACCAACUGGAGACAAAACCAAGGAUACAAAAGAACCAGUUAAUGGUAAACCGGCGGAUGCAAAUAAACCAACUGGAGACAACCAAAAAGAUAUUAAAAAACCUAUCGAAGACAAACAUAAAGAUACAAAGACACCAGCUAUAGAUAAACCAAAAGAUGCAAUUAUACCAACUGGAGACAAAACCAAGGAUACAAAAGAACCAGCUAUAGGUAAACCGGUGGAUACAAAUAAACCAACUGGAGACAACCAAAAGGAUAUUAAAAAACCUGUCUUAGACAAACAUCAAGAUGCAAAGACACCAACUGGAGACAAAACCAAGGAUACAAAAGAAUCAGCCAAAGGUAAACCGGCGGAUGCAAAUAAACCAACUGGAUACAACCAAAAGGAUAUUAAAAAACCUGUCCUAGACAAACAUAAAGAUACCAAAACACCAACUGGAGACAAAACCAAGGAUACAAAAGAACCAGCCAAAGGUAAACCGGCGGAUGCAAAUAAACCAACUGGCGACAACCAAAAGGAUAUUAAAAAACCUGUCGAAGACAAACAUAAAGAUACAAAGACACCAACUGGAGACAAAACCAAGGAUACAAAAGAACCAGCUACAGGUAAACCGGCGGAUGCAAAUAAACCGACUGGAGACAGCCAAAAAUAUAUUAAAAAACCUAUCGAAGACAAACAUAAAGAUACAAAGACACCAGCUAUAGAUAAACCAAAAGAUGCAAUUAUACCAACUGGAGACAAAACCAAGGAUACAAAAGAACCAGCCAAAGGUAAACCGGCGGAUGCAAAUAAACCAACUGGCGACAACCAAAAGGAUAUUAAAAAACCUGUCGAAGACAAACAUAAAGAUACAAAGACACCAACUGGAGACAAAACCAAGGAUACAAAAGAACCAGCCAAAGGUAAACCGGCGGACGCAAAUAAACCAACUGGAGACAACCAAAAGGAUAUUAAAAAACCUGUCUUAGACAAACAUCAAGAUACAAAGACACCAACUGGAGACAAAACCAAGGAUACAAAAGAACCAGCUACAGGAAAACCGGCGGAUGCAAAUAAACCAACUGGAGACAACCAAAAGGAUAUUAAAAAACCUGUCUUAGACAAACAUCAAGAUACAAAGACACCAACUGGAGACAAAACCAAGGAUACAAAAGAACCAGCUACAGGUAAACCGGCGGAUGCAAAUAAACCAACUGGAGACAACCAAAAGGAUAUUAAAAAACCUGUCUUAGACAAACAUCAAGAUACAAAGACACCAACUGGAGACAAAACCAAGGAUACAAAAGAACCAGCUACAGGUAAACCGGCGGAUGCAAAUAAACCAACUGGAGACAACCAAAAGGAUAUUAAAAAACCUGUCCUAGACAAACAUAAAGAUACAAAGACACCAACUACAGGUAAACCGGCGGAUGCAAAUAAACCAACUGGAGACAACCAAAAGGAUAUUAAAAAACCUGUCCUAGACAAACAUAAAGAUACAAAGACACCAACUGGAGACAAAACCAAGGAUACAAAAGAACCAGCCAAACGUAAACCGGCAGAUGCAAAUAAACCAACUGGAGACAACCAAAAAGAUAUUAAAAAACCUAUCGAAGACAAACAUAAAGAUACAAAGACACCAGCUAUAGAUAAACCAAAAGAUGCAAUUAUACCAACUGGAGACAAAACCAAGGAUACAAAAGAACCAGCUAUAGGUAAACCGGUGGAUGCAAAUAAACCAACUGGAGACAAAACCAAGGAUACAAAAGAACCAGCCAAAGGUAAACCGGCGGAUGCAAAUAAACCAACUGGAGACAACCAAAAGGAUAUUAAAAAACCUGUCGAAGAAAAACAUAAAGAUACAAAGACACCAACUGGAGACAAAACCAAGGAUACAAAAGAACCAGCCAAAGGUAAACCGGUGGAUGCAAAUAAACCAACUGGCGACAACCAAAAGGAUAUUAAAAAACCUGUCGAAGACAAACAUAAAGAUACAAAGACACCAACUGGAGACAAAACCAAGGAUACAAAAGAACCAACCAAAGGUAAACCGGCGGAUGCAAAUAAACCAACUGGCGACAACCAAAAGGAUAUUAAAAAACCUGUCGAAGAUAAACAUAAAGAUACAAAGACACCAACUGGAGACAAACCCAAGGAUACAAAAGAACCAGCCAAAGGUAAACCGGCGGAUGCAAAUAAACCAACUGGAGACAACCAAAAGGAUAUUAAAAAACCUGUCGAAGAAAAACAUAAAGAUACAAAGACACCAACUGGAGACAAAACCAAGGAUACAAAAGAACCAGCCAAAGGUAAACCGGCGGAUGCAAAUAAUCCAACUGGAGACAACCAAAAGGAUAUUAAAAAACCUGUCAAAGACAAACAUAAAGAUACAAAGAAACCAGCUGUAGAUAAACCAAACGAUACAAUUAAACCAACUGGAGACAAAACGAGGAAUACAAAAGAACCAGCCGAAGGUAAACCGGUGGAUGCAAAUAAAUCACCUGGAGACAAACAAAAGGAUAUAAGAAAACCGAGUAAAGAUGCACAAACGGACGCAAACACACCAUGUGCAGACAAACAAAAUGAAGUGCUCAAACCAGUUAAAGAUGGACCAAAGGAUGAAACGAAACUGCUAGAAGAUAAACAAAAAAACACAAAGGAAGCCCUUACAGACAAAACUAAGAUCACAAAAGAACCUAUUGUAAAGAAGGACAAAGAUCCUAAACCAUAUGGAAACAACCAAAAGGAUAGCAAAAAUCCCAAGGAUAAUAAACAAAAGGACUUAAAUAAACCUAAUAAGGAAAUACAGGAACCAGAAAAAGACGCAAAAGAACCAAAUAACCAAGCAGAUACUAAUAAAUCAAAUGAAACAAAACCAAGUGAGCCAAAAAAAACAGCUGAAGAUAAAACAGUAGACAACCAAAAACCAGACACAAAAUAUAAUGUUCCAAAAACCAAAGGCAACAAAGAAGACAAAUCUGAUCCUAAAACAGAAAGCGAUGUUAAAAAUAACGAAACACCAAAUACUAAUCCUAAUUCCACAGAUGAUAAUAAUAAAAAUCCUGAUGUCACCAAAACAGAAAAUCCUAAUUCUAAACCAACAGACGAUCAACCAAAAACAGAUUCUAAAUCUUCAGAUAAUACCAAUAACAAUCCAGAUGACAAGAAAACAGAAAAACCUAAAUCAGAACCAGAAAAACCUACAAAACCUAAUGUUACGCCAACAGUUGAUCAAAAAACACCAAACACGGAAACACUAUCACCAGCUGAAGAGAAUCAAACGACGAGUUAUCUAUCAACUACGUACACUAGUUCUGAAAUAAAAACCCAGAACGCAACAGAAGUUAAAACUGAGAACAUAACCGAGAUUAAAACUCAGAACAUAACUGAAGUAUCUGGUUCUGGACCUCAGCCUAGCGCUCCUGGUGGUAAUACUGCGCCAACGGAUGCGAAGGACAUGCAAAAUGCUCUUCAAUUGGACGUGAACUUCAAAUUGCUAAUCCUGCCAAAGGGUCCGAAGAACACGAAGAACUGUUACUGUGCAUGCGAGAGCCAAGAACCACCGAAAGUUAUACCUCUCAAGGGGUUGCCAGUGGGAAUAAAUUAAUUUUAUAAUAUAUAAAA